AUGUCUUCGCCGCCGACUGACAAUCUACGCCAAACAUGUUCCAGGAGUAGAGAACAGUAUCGCAGACUUCGAAUCACGGCGUCUUCGCAACAGACAUCAAUGGCAGAUUCAGCCUUCCGUUUUCAAGAACAAAAUCGACCGGCCGUGGGGGCCCCACGAUAUGGACUUCUUUGCAGACCGUACGAGUCACCUCCUACUAAAGCACGUAUCCUGGAUGACGGAUUCGAAUUCAAUCGCGACCGACGCACUAUCGAUCCCAUGAAAAUCAAUCUUUAUGAACUCUUACCUCAACCCUCCAUGGAAUCUAAUUCCACAUUGCUUGUCCAAGAUCCUCCAGGAACGUCUUCCUCAAGCCACUAUCAUCGUCUCUCACUAAAUCAGCGCUCCCUGGUGGCCCCUUUUAACACGAAUGGCAGUGUCGAGCCCAAUUCCUAUUCAGCAAACAGAUAUUAUGUGCACAACUCCUUCCAUUCCUUGGCCAUUUCAUCAGAAGCCUUGGAAACUCUCCGCUUGGAGAGUCUCAAGUCUGGUGUAGGAUCCAUUCCUGGUUUAUCUGAUGUGUCGUCUUCUAUCUUACUGGAUCGACGUCUCGAAAACUCAACCACCAACCGCGCUUAUCGACGUGGGCAAUUCCUCUUUUUAGAAUGGUCCUUACAACACCGCGUAAAUAUCAAUGGAUUUUCAGCUGCACUUAUUGUCAAUUUUCUUUCGGAUAUGCACUAUCAAUUUGGUUAUUCCUCCUCAACAUUUCCCUCGUUCUGCUCUUCCAUCCUAGCUUUUCACCAAAAUAAAGCCUCACUGGACAACGAGCUACACUUGGUAAAUAACCUUCUUGAUACGCUUGCUCGCAGGGAGCCUCCAAAACAGAUUCAUCGCCCAACAAUUGACAUCUCCCCAGCUCUGAACCAUAUACGACAGAUUCAAUCCACCACGUCCACACCACUGCCCCUCUUGCAGAAGAAAACAGCCUUUCUCCUAGCGAUGACAGCCUUUUUGCGGCCUUCAGACCUCCAUCGUAUCGAUUUAGCAUUCAUAGCUCUUAGAGAUCAUCCCUCAUUAUCACACCUUUCCACUCGUUCUUUGCUUUUCGUGAAUUCAAGGUGUCCACAAGAGCCUUUAGCCACGUCAACAAUCUCUAAAUGGCUCCGCAACAUGAUUAGAAUUUCCACAGAAGAGCGAAAUGUAAGCGUCAGAUCUAUUGCAUCCUUGUUAGCCCUAUGUCGUGAUAUUCCAAAAGGAGACAUUAUUACUCUUAGAAAUAGGACAAAUUCUUCGACUUUUGAAAACCAUUAUCGACGAGAACAUAUGUCAUGCUUCAAUUUCACACAGAUAUUAUUAUUAACAGAUUCAUCAACAUCAACGGAAGAAGAGCGAGUAGAUUUCGAUAUGGAUGACCAAGAAGAAGACACAUUCUUUGAUGCGAUGCAAGAAUGA